GGUUUUGUUACUGUCCUGUGCAGGGUCACGAUAUCAAAUGUGAGCACUCCGGUUCGUACAGUCACUGUUCGUGGGGAAACCAUGGAAACAUGAUCCUCUAUCUAUCCGCGUCGACAGUCCGUUGUCGAUACUCGAAGAUGUGCACAACCUUAUUAUUGCGAGGAAAAGUCUGUCUAGCUGUCAUGGCGCGGCGCGAAACGAAAAAGAAGCCAUGAUGCGGUACACGGUAGUGCAGCAUAAGCAAGCUGGCGACGCACCCCAUGGCCCAUCAUCUGUCAAGCGUGUGCCUGAUCCGUAUCAAAGAGAGGCUUCGGCCGGCUUCUUGCUGUUGUUUGGCGAUGAUAAUCUCAACGCCGGGCCUUGUAUGUCCAAAAAGAGGUUGAAGUCAGACAUUUCGAUGCAGGUUUAUACGCGUGUACUGGUCGAACGGCACAAGGUAUUACUGACAAACUUGACCUAUCGAGAAAGGCAGCAUCCAGGGCGCAUCGGCGGUUACUAUGAGGUCUUUGUGAGGUUGCCGCACCGCAGGGACAGUGGAGCAAGCUAA